ACAAAUGGCUAUAUAUUCAUUCACGCUGAAGGUGGUCUAAAUCAGCAAAGAAUUGUGAUCCUUCAAUUGCUGAUGGGAAGAAAAGGAGGAAGUUGGUUUUCCUCUGUCAAGAAAGUUUUCAAGUCUUCUUCAUCUUCUAGAGACACGACAGUGCCUGUCUCCACUGUGGUGCAGCCAGACAAAAAGAAGGAAAAUCGAGAGAAAUUGGGGAAUGAAGUGGCAGAGGAGGUGUCAUUUGAGCAUUUUCCUGCUGAGAGUUCGCCCGAUGAUGUAACCAAUGAGGAGAGUACAACACCAACUCCUACACGAGACGAUAGAACUCACGCAAUUGCUGUUGCAGAAGCCACUGCAGCAGCUUCUGCUGCUGCUGUUGCAGCUGCUCAAGCAGCUGGUAGAGUUGUACGAUUGGCCGGUUAUGGACGCUAUAACAAGGAAGAGAGAGCAACAACAUUCAUUUAA